CUCACCAUAAAGUUUGUCCACUCCUCUUGCUGAAGCCUGAAAACACGUUCUGACAUGUGCGUCACCUCCCGUCUGACCAGACACUAAGGUGGAGCCGCUCAAAGGGAGACAGGACAGGUGUGUCGGAUGAAAGGACAGGACCCGCUGAAGCUCAGAGAAGAGGCUGGUCAUGGAGUGGAGGGAGCAGUCCACUGUCAGCUCUGCUGAAGCCUUCCAGGAGGCGCAGCGAUGGAUUGAGACUGUAACCAAGAAAAAAUUUGGGAGCAGCGACUUCCGAUCAGCCCUGGAGAGUGGUGUUCUGCUGUGUGAUCUGAUCAACAAGAUCAAGCCUGGUCUCAUCAAAAGGGUCAACAGACUGCCAACACCAAUCGCUGGACUGGACAACCUCAACGUCUUCCUCAAGGCCUGUGGCAAACUUGGACUUAAGGAGGCACAGCUCUUUCACCCCGGAGAUCUCCAAGACUUGUCCACGAGAGCAACAGUCAAGCAUCAAGAGACAGACAGGAGGCUAAAAAAUGUUUUGAUCACCAUAUACUGGCUUGGUAGAAGAGCUCAGAGUGACCGUCUCUAUGACGGACCUUACCUGAACUUCAAAGCAUUUGAAGGAUUACUGGGCACAGCACUAUACAAGACUCUGCAGGAAUCAUCCAGUCAGAGAAGCAGCACCGCCAGAGACAGCGGUUUUGGAGACAGCUGGUACUCGGAAAGAGAGAAGCUCCACCACCUGGGAGGAAGAGGAGGAGGCAGACCCAGGAGAGACGACUCCCUGGACAGCUUAAACUCUAUGGGCUCCCGCCCUCACAGCGACUCGUCUGACACCACUCUGAAAGGCAGCAGCGAGGGUUGUUACAGUGAAGAAGAAAUAGACACCAUCAUCAGAAUGGCUCAGAACAGGGACUCCAAGGGCUACCGCAGGAUUACAAACAUCCUACCUAGCGUUAGCGCUGAUUACAACCGGUUCCUGCCCACCAAAGACAAGCCGUCCGGCUACGUACCGCCUCCUCUGAGGAAGAAACGGGGCGAACGCAAUGAAGACAACCGGCGCAGCUUGAACUACGGCAGCAUGGAGGAUGAAGGCCAAAUCACCAGUAAGCCACCCCUGCUAGGAAGUAUUCCGGGGAGUAAAUCCACCAGUGACAUUGACGCGGAUGCCAUGGCCCUCCGGCAGCUUCGGUUCGAAGAGCUGCAGAAGUACCGUGAGCAGAUCAAGGAGAGUGAUGAUAAAUGGCAGGAUGACUUGACCAAAUGGAAAAACCGGCGACGAAGCGUCAACUCGGACAUAGCGAAGAAGAAAGAGGAAAGAGAGAAAAUUGAGCAAAUUACCUACGGCGACGACAGAAGGUCCAAGACCUUCAAGGAGAUGCAGGAGGAGAGGGAAAGUAAAACAAAGAACCGCAUCAGCAGUCGCCUCGCUUCGCUUUCCUUUCUGCAUGACAGUGAGGACGACUCCGAGGCUCCUGUCAUCAGCCCACUUUCCCGCACGCAUCUUUCCAGAAGCUACACUAUCGACGCUCCAUAUUUUUCAUCCCAACCCUCUGAGCCCUCUGUGAAGCCGGAAGAUUCCCCAGCUUCCUCCCCGCUUCCUUUUCAGCCAUCGCCUCCCACUUCCCAGCAAGUUGCCGACAAGGCUGUCGCAUCUCCCACUGCCGCCACUCCGGCCAGUCGCAGCUCGGUCCUCAGCUCCACCACUCCCAAAGCUCCGUCUUUACAGAGGAGUCAAGCAGUAGACGACCCCGGCACAACCAGAGAGGCACAGAGCACGAACACUGCCUCCAUUCCCAGCUCUGCUCAGAAGGCACCCGAGCCAAAGCCUCCAUUGUUGGGCACACAGGCCAAAGCGGAGGCCCCCCCACUCGCUCUGCACAAAGAGGAGCCGCAGCUGAACUCAAUGCAACCCAAGCCUCCUGAGUUUUCUUGGGUUUCGUCCUCCCUCCCCAGGAGCUAUCAGAAAUCUGAUAGCUUACGCCUAACCUCAGUUGUCACACCAAGGCCCUUUGGGACCCAAUCAUCCCGCAUCAGCUCUCUUCCCAGAGCCCAAACAAUGGAUAACUCCCAUCAGCGUGUCAAUGGCAGUGCCAGCAUUCCUCAAAAGACCUCGGUGCCAAGCCGGUAUCAGCAGUUCAUGACGUCAGAGGAUGAGGCUCAGUCCAGCUCAGCACAAAGCAGCGAGGAAGAGGAGAAAGAUGAGGUGAAGGAGGAUGAGAGGCCCAAAGAAAUGAGCAUCACCAGUGAUUCACCUGCCAGUCCUUUGAUGAAUAGCCAAACCAAGCAGGAGAACUUCUGUGAGAUGCGCGUCAACCUGAACCAGAAACCCAACAGCAGCAGAGACUUUGGAUUCCAGUCAAACUGGGACUCGAAAGGAGUUCGUGUCUCAUCCAUCCAGCCAGAAAGCUCAGCUGAAAUGUGCCAGCUCCAGGUUGGAGAUGAGGUUCUGACAAUCAACGGCCAUAAGGUGGCAGAAAUGAGCUACACAGAGUGGAAGACCUGCAUGGAUCAGGCCCUGCAAGAGGGCAGCCUGGUCAUGGAUGUCCGCCGUCAUGGCCAAAACAACUGGGUCAGAGACGAACCUUCCCUGCCAUAUAAAAGCCAUAGAACCAUCAAUCUGACCAGUACGGAUCAUCCGACAAUUCUAGGUCCCCCUGGCACAAAAACUGUCAGUUCCAGCCUGGAUCUCACCUCCCACAUUCCCCCGGAGACCGUGCCAAGCAAAGAGGCCCCCGCUAAGACCGCUGUCGGGGUGGCGUCAAAUGGAGUGAACGGGAGUCUCCACGAAGAACCGGUGACCAUGAGGAACAAAGAGUCAGAACCCAUAUCUUUGAAAAACUUAAAACGGAGGUCAGAGUUUUUUGAACAAGGUGGCUCAGAGUCCAGCGUCAGUGCGCUGACCUACCUCUGUGGAGGAUCAAACUCCUCUAUGCCAGAUAUAACUGUUCCUGCCAUCACUCCACCAUCCAACCGCUGGACGUGGGACCCAGAAGAGGAGCGCAGAAGGCAGGAGAAAUGGCAGAUGGAACAAGAGCGCCUUCUACAGGAAAAAUACAUGCGCGAUCAGCAGAAGUUGCAGGAAGAGUGGCACAAGGCUCAGCAGGACAUUUCUACAAGCAUGGGCCAACAAGAGCAUCUCGAGGUGAACAGCAACAACGUCGGCACUCACUUCCCUCUGUCCUCCUCCUCCGUCCCCCAAACCGCACCUCCAGCGUGGGAAGAGGAAGAGAGGAAGAGGAAGGAGGAACAAGAGCGCCAAAGACAGGAGGAAGAGAGGAAGAAGAGGGAGGAGCAGGAGCGUGAUCUGCUGCGCCUCGAGGAACAGAGGAAGAGGAGGGAGGUGCAGGAGGAGCAGAGGAGGCGACAGGAAGCUGCAGAGCAGGAGCGCAGGGAGAAGGAAAAAGCUCUGGAGCAGCAGCAACAGUGGGGUGGACACUUGCAUGGCUUUGCCAGUGUCCAGCAACCACUGUCCUUUACAGACAGGGCAAAGUCCAAAUCAUCUCCUCAGCUUGAUGAAGACGAGGAAGGUCAGAGGAGAGGCUCUAGUGCAGACUUUAAGAGUUACCAGCCUCUGUCGCAGGCUGAGCUGGAGCGCCAGCAGAUCCUGAACAAGAUGAAGAAGAAGACAUCACUGCAGAGGGACGGCAGCUGGAUCCGUCAGGGCUCCACCACCACUCCCACCAGCAAGGGGGAGAGCGACCCCCAAUUCAUGCGCAGGGGUGAAUCUCUGGACAACUUGGACUACGACUCUCACCGUUCAUCGUGGUCCCCUAGAAGCAACUCUUUUGUCCAGAACUACUCCCAGACCCAACAUGGUCUCUAUGGCAACUCCUCUGGCUAUGGUGGUGGGCUCAGGGCCCAGCGGCCCGUCUCCGUCACUUUGCCUUACUCUCAGUCUAUGGGCUCCCUCAGAGGUGGGGCAGGAACCCACACAUUCCCCUGGUCCCGACAAUCUUCCUCCACGUCUACUUUAUCUCCCACAACUCCUGAUCCCUUACCCGAAGGAGAUUCCCGCCAGCAGCGGAGCAGGUCAGUGAGUGGAAAGAACAUUUGUUCACUCUGUGACACGCCUCUGGGAAAAGGAGCGGCCAUGAUCAUCGAGUCCCUGGGGCUCUAUUUUCAUUUGGAUUGCUUUAAGUGUAUCGAUUGCAAUUCGAGCCUUGGAGGAUCAGAAGCCGGGGCCGAAGUCAGAAUACGAAACCAACAGCUCUACUGCAACUCCUGCUACAUACAAGCCAAAAUCAGGCAACCAACAUCCAUGUGAGGUGAAAGCACUCAAGCAGAUUGAUGAGGAAUCGACUUGCGACAACAACCCCUGAACUUGUAAAGUGAAUGUUGGGACAAUGACUGGAAAACUGGUUUAGAUUCCCCCAAUAACUUUCUGAGGAAAAAUAUCCUUCUUGUUCUUAACGUGAUUGCAGGGUUUAAAUUUCUAAGGCGUUAUUUACUCUUGUGUUUAUGUAUCUAAUUCAAUACUAGCGCUGUAAAAAAAAAGUGUGAGGUUUCAGCUUGCUUCUGUUUUCCAAUGUGUUAGCCAUAAAAAGUGUAAAGCAAUUGGAUUGCCAUUUUAGAGGAAAUUCAUCUCAGCGCUUUCGUCAGAUGAGAUGAUUUUAUUAUGUCAAUGUGCCUUGGCUGUUAAAAUUAUUAGAAAGCAUAUUUGGCAAAGAGAAAAAAAGCACUUUUUUUGUUAAGUGGAUGCUAAACUGAAUAGAAAUAAAUAAUAAGUCUGUAAAUAAACUACUAAAGCUUUA